AUGGCUGCCUACUGGGUUUAGAGUAUUUAUGUUUAGCUUUUGUUAGUUGUUAUUAGAUGUUAAACGCCGAAGUCCAAUAAUUAAUAUGUAUAGAAAGAGUUAAGGAAAGUGUUGGCACUGUUUCUUGUUCCACACGUUCUCCGGUACAUUGUUCUAAUGAGAACAAGCUUGACUAAAAGGCUAUUUAGUAUUUAGAUAGCAGAUUAAACCAUGGCGUCCUCAUUUGUCGUCGGGGAUAAAUUCAGAAACAAAGUGACGGAGUUAUUAGAAAAGAGUGACUCAUCUCUUCCCCAAACACUGAGAGAAGAACUGGAGGAGACUGUUGGAGGAGCAGAAGCAACAAUCCUGUCCUUCAGCACAGCGAGAAGACUCCAGAAAUACCUUCAGGACCAGGGGCAUCCUUUCUACCUGCAUGAGCUGCUGGAGGACAGUUCGCUGCACCUGCCUGAGGUGGUGAAGCCUCCCAGAAACCCUGAGCUCGUAGCUCGUCUGGAGAGGAUCAAAGCCAAACUGGCCAACGAGGAAUACAACAGAAUCACACGUAAUGUCAACACUCAGGAAAUGAACCGCAGUGGAAACUUAUCAGAAUUUGGAAGACAAGUGCGAUCUGUUAAAGCAGUGGUGGCGACCGUCUUCAACUUCCUGGUCACCGUGGUCGCUGCUUUCUUCUGCUCCUAUAUGGGGAGUCAGUACCUGUUUACAGACACUGCAGCAAGAGUGUUAUCAGCUGUGAUCGCUGCGUCUGUGGUGGGUCUGGCUGAGCUCUACGUGCUGGUCCGGACCAUGGAGGGGGAACUUGGAGAACCGUAGUGGUGAAGGAAACACUCUGGCCUGCUCUCACAACAGACUUGUCACUUUGCCAGUAAACCUUGUGGACUUUUUUGUCUUUUUAUUUGUGAAAAUUGGCAGAAUUUACUGAGAGUUAACAAAGGGAUACUAUUGGAAACUGGAACUCUACUAGAGAGCAAAUUUUACUGAAUAUCUGUUUCCUUUAUUCAACAUUCCACCUGCCCACAGUUUUUUCAGUAAACCAAAAUAUUAAUAUAUCUUAUUUAUUUUCAGCUCUUUUCCAUUUCAGAUUUUUUUUUUUUUUUACCUGAAAAUGCUCUUUUACGUUUGAGUCCUUCCAUUCUGUUCUUCAAUGUAAUCUGAUUUUAUGUUCAAUAAAAUCAAACCAGAGCUAAAACAUAAAGAUAAAUAUCCUCCCGUUAGCGUUUUCUGUCUUUCUGUUCAUGCACAUUUUCCCCGUCAGGAGAUAUGGACAUACUUUUACUGUUGGAAUGUAAAAAUAAAAUGAUUUAAUAUAAACUUA